AUGACUCUUCCUUUCUUUCGAGGUUUUUCAACUACGAAUCAAACAAAUGCAGGUCAGCAGCUUCCUACGAACGAAUGUCAACCAAUCUCUGAGAAACAUUCAACAAAGCAGAGUGUGAUGCGUAGCGAAGAACGUCAAGAACUCGAUGAUGAAAUUAUUCGAAAGACGGAAAUUGAAAAUAAUCCCACAAAGUUUCUAACAAAUUUAUAUAGAUUAAAAUCAAAUAGUCCGACUUUCGAGGAAGAGUUCAACAAGAAUCUUCAAGCUUCAACAGUAAAUCCAAUUAAACGCUUAAUUGCUGUUGAAAUCGAUUGA